AUGGCUGAACAAAGCAAUAGCAUCUCUCAUACAAAUAAUUAUCUAAAGAAUCUGUCACAGAAGAAAUAUGCUUGGAUGGAAGAAGCAGUAGCUUCUUUUACGCCUAAACCAGUAACAGAUACAAAACCCAAGAGUCCAACAGAAUCACGCAAAGGAAACAGAAAGGGUAAAAAACGAUCAUUGUCUCCUUCACUAGACCAAGAUAGCCAUCUAUCGCCAAAGAAAUCAAGGCCACAAACACCUAAACAAUCAACAACCCCACCGAAGCAAACAACAACGUCUCUACAGUCAAAAUCCCCAGGGCCCGAAGACCAACCACUACCUACUGCUACUACUAUUACUAUUACUACUACUGCCACUAAAGAAGAACCACGUAAGAAACAUAAGCAACCUCGCUUCAAGUACACAAAUUUCCCAGUCAAGGGCUACAACAUUCUUCCAACACGUAAUAUCACAAGCAGCUUUGCGAAAACAGAUGCAAGUUUUAUACCAGGAAACAAGGCAGGUGCAGAAGACAUUGUCCCCAAUGCAACUGAAGAAUGGAGAGACAUCAUCAUAAUUCAUCCUGGAUCGCGCAACUUACGCAUCGGCUUAGCUUCUGAGGCAUUUCCAAUCACUGUACCACAUGUCAUUGCUCGACGAAUGAAUACAAAUCUUCCUGUCGACACAGAACAGGAUACAGAAUUGACAGAAAAACAAGAAGAAGCUUUGAACGAGAUAAAGAGCGAGCUCAAGUGGCGCAUGAAGAAUGCUAAACGACGAGCCGUUCCUAACGCAGAAGGGCAGGUUGUGGGUUUCAAUACGAAUGCACCACGAGAAACAAUUUUGGACCAUAAUGAUCCUUAUAAAGUAGAAUGGACAGAUGUAGAAAAUAGCAAUAGACCUGAAUAUUUUAUAGGAGAAAAGGCAAUUCAUUUCCCAGUUUCUGAGGAUUCUGAAUAUCGUAUAUUUUAUCCCUGGAGACAUGGUUCUCUGAAUGAGGCAGAUUAUAGUUCCUUGAAUGCUGUUCUAGGCGAUCUUGAAGCCAUUUGGGCCAAUGUUAUCCAAAGUGAGCUAGAGAUUGAAAAAUCCGACUUUAAGAACUAUAAUAUCGUCUUGGUUGUUCCUGACUUAUUCAAUCGCAGCUAUCUUUGUGAGCUUGUCACCAUGCUAUUGACACACAUGAAAUUCAAGGCAGUUAUUGUUCAGCAAGAAUCAGCAUGCGCGACUUAUGGAGCAGGCUUAUCAACAGCUGUGGUUGUUGAUAUUGGAGCACAACGUACAAAUAUUGCUUGUGUGGAAGAUGGCGUCUGUCAAGUGGAUUCACGCAUGUCAAUAGCGAUGGGUGGGGAUGAUGUGACAAAGACGUUUGCUUCCUUUUUAAGAGUCAAUAAGUUUCCCUAUACAGACAUCAACCUUGCCUUACCGUUUGACUGGAGACUAGCUGAAGAGCUGAAGGAGAAAUGGUGCACGAUGAACGAGGCGGAGGUGAGCAUUCAAGUUUAUGAUUUCUUCGUUCGCACUCCCUUUCAGCAAACAACUAAGUAUCAGUGCAAAGUAUAUGAGGAAGUAUUCUUGGCACCCCUUUGCUUAGUCUAUACGGACAUACUGCAGCCAAAGACGAAGAAGACUGUAGAAUGGGCAAGCAAGAAUGUGACAGAUGAUGUUACGGAAGAUUCAAAUGUGAGUAGUAUUGUCAAGAAUCUAAUGGAUCCUUAUCCUAUUGACACUGCUAUUGCUGAAUCAAUUUAUGCCGCUUCUAAUGGAUCAGAAGAAAAGUUAAAGCGUUAUUUUUCAAGUAUUAUUCUUGUUGGUGGUGGUGGCAAGAUUGUUAACUUUAGCAAAGUCUUGGAAGACAGAAUCCUUUCUACCGUAAUUGCUCAGCAGUCAUUUAUAGAGCGUGUGGAGGUUCUGCCUGCACCACGUGAACUAGACCCAGAAGUGAUUGUCUGGAAGGGUGCUACGGUUAUGAGCAAAUUGGAUUCAGCUAAAGAAAUGUGGAUUGGAACUAAAGAAUGGGAAGAAGUAGGCGCAAGAUGUUUAAAAGAUAGAGCACUAUUGCUAUAA